UUUGGCCUUUUCUUUCCAUUUUUUUUUUUUCCCUCCAUAGGGUCUAUAUCAUUCUUUUCAAAUUCGUCGCGUGGGAGGAACAGUUAGCGCUAUACACCCGCGUCGACGCUCGACCCAUCCUCUCUUCUAUCUCCUAUACUUAUAUCUAUUCUUUUCCCUUUUUCAUUUCUUGUGGUCCAAGAUGAUCGACCAAUCUCGCUCAAUGGAGUCCCGAGUAGGACGGAAAAACCAACGGUACGGAUCAAAAGGCGAAAGGCUCGUCGCAGGGGUAGUCCCCCUGUCAGCGGACAAGACUCGGGUCCUGAUGAUCCAGUCUGCGGGACGAGGCGGUUGGGUGCUCCCUAAAGGGGGUUGGGAGACUGACGAGGCAAGCGCCUCGCAGGCCGCCUGUCGGGAGGCCUGGGAAGAAGCCGGGGUAAUCUGCACCGUGCAGCGAGAUCUGGGAAUGAUCCCAGACAUGCGGCCGUCGAAUCUUCUGACGGCCACCGCCCCGAAGGCCUCGUAUCACUUUUUUGAGGUCGCGGUCGAGCGGGAAGAGGAGCAGUGGCCUGAGAUGCACAAGCGAAAACGGCAGUGGGUUCCAUAUGCCCAAGCCGCUGCCUCGCUUGCCAGUCGUCCGGAACUCCUGGAGGCGUUAAAUCGCAGCUCCCUUCGGAGGUAGCGAUGGCCUCCUGUCCUCUGACUCCCCACGGAGUUGAAGAGCGACAAUACAGACAGAACAACAACAACAGCAGCGACAAAAACAAAAAAAAAGAAAAACAGAAAGGAAAAAAAAAUACCGAUUGGGGAUGAUCCACCUCCCGUGGUUUUUUUUUCUGUUUCCCUUCACGAUUUACUAUGAUCCUUCCUCUGCAAAAGGAAAUCCGGACAUUUCACU